GAAGCCAGAAUCUUGAUUUGCAUGCUUGUGUUUAUUUCAUGUCAUUUCAUAGGAGUAUAUUUUAGUGCCAAGAUGCAAUCUUUAUUUUGUGACAACCUCAAAAUCUCAUGAUUAUCAUUAAUUCUGUUUGUCUUUGAUGCAUUUUCUUAGGCCUAAUAACAACAUUUGGUCUAUUUCAGGGCUGCAGAAUGGAACCACUGCUUGAUGUGGAUAUGGUGGUGGCUCCUACGACUUCAACCAGCAUGUUUUCUAAGCAUGGAACCACUCCUUUGAUUGUCCCAUGUGUGAUUGUGGCAAUGUCAGCUGCAAGAAUCCAUGGUAAGAAAUGUGGUUUUGAGGCCAUCUUCAACUUCGGAGAUUCAAACUCUGACACCGGAGGAUUCUAUGCUGCUUUUCCGGCAGAGAGGCUGCCCUUCGGCAUGACAUACUUCCACAAACCAGCCGGCCGAGCCACAGAUGGCAGGGUCAUUGUUGAUUUUUUAGCACAAGCUCUGGGGAUACCAUUCUUGAGCCCAUAUUUGCAGUCAAUAGGAUCAGAUUUCAGACAUGGUGCCAAUUUUGCAACAUUGGCAUCGACGGUUCGUUUGCCACAGACUUCACUAUUUGUCACAGGUGUUAGCCCUUUUUCUCUUGCUAUUCAGCUCAAUCAAAUGAAGCAAUUUAAGACCAAAGUUGAUCAACUUCACUCUUCAUCAGGAGAAGACAAGCUUCCACCACCUACUGUUUUUGGAAAAUCUCUCUACACAUUCUACAUUGGUCAAAAUGAUUUCACUGGGAACUUAGCAUCCAUUGGCAUAAAUGGGGUGAAGCAUUAUAUCCCUCAAGUAGUGUCACAAAUUGCUAGCACUAUUAAGGAGAUUUAUGCAAUAGGUGGGAGAGAUUUCUUGGUGCUGAAUCUUGCACCAAUAGGUUGCUACCCUGCAUUCUUAGUGGAGCUGCCUCACAACGCCUCGGACAUUGACGCAUUCGGAUGCUUGAUCUCUUACAACAAUGCUGUGGUAGACUACAACACUAUGUUGGAGGAAGCAUUGAAGCAGACAAGAAGAGAGAUUGGUGAUGCAAAUGUUGUGUAUACAGACAUACAUUCUGUUAUGCUAGAGCUUUUCCACCAUCCCACUUCUCAUGGGAUGAAGUAUGGGACCAAGGCAUGCUGUGGAUAUGGUGGUGGUGCAUACAAUUUUGAUAAGAGAGUUUACUGUGGGAACGAGAAGGUGAUCAACGGCCGGACCUUGGUUGCGACUGCGUGUGGUGAUCCAUAUAACUAUGUGAGCUGGGAUGGGAUUCAUGCCACUGAUGCAGCUAACAAGAUUGUUGCUCAUGCUAUGAUCAAUGGCUCUAUUUUUAGGCCACCAUUUUCACUCCAUAAGUUUUGUGAUAUUCAAGCAAUUGAUUAACACCUUUUUUCCCUCACUCAAAUGUUGGAGAGAUAAUCAAACAUGUGACUUGCUUUACAUUUGAAUGUGUGAUGUAGUAUUAAUGAUUAA